AUGGCAUCCCCUGAGUACGAGCCACUGCUCUCGAAUCUCUACUCUAGAACCUCCAGCAUCCCGCACUUAUCUUCGGAUGCAAUCGAAGAGCUUCUUCAGCACCAGAGACAACACAUCACAUUCAGGUGGUGGUCUCGCCUCUUCGCUUGGGAGUCAAGGCUGCUCUGGCUCUUAUCAGGUUCCUCCAUCGUCGUCUCGGUAUUCAACUACAUGCUCAGCUUUGUGACCCUCAUGUUCACUGGCCAUCUGGGUGCCUUAGAGCUCGCUGGCGCCUCCAUUGCCAGUGUCGGAAUUCAAGGCCUUGCAUAUGGCAUUAUGCUUGGGAUGGCGAGCGCAGUGCAGACAGUGUGCGGGCAAGCGUACGGAGCCAAGAGGUACUCAGCAAUGGGGAUAAUAUGCCAGAGGGCGGUCCUGCUGCACUUAGGAGCAGCAAUCCUGCUCUCAUUCCUCUACUGGUUCGCCGGCCCAGUCCUGCGGGCCAUGGGCCAAUCGGACAGCAUUUCGGAGCAAGGGCAGGUGUUCGCAAGAGGGCUCAUCCCGCAGCUGUACGCAUUUGCAGUGAGCUGCCCGCUGCAGAGGUUCCUGCAGGCGCAGAACAUAGUGAACCCUCUGGCGUUCAUGUCGGUGGGGGUUUUCUUGCUGCACACGCUGCUGACGUGGGUCGCCGUCGAUGUGGCUGGGUGGGGGCUCCUUGGCGCCGCCCUGACGCUGAGCUUCUCAUGGUGGGUGCUGGCGUUGUUGAAUGCUGUGUACGUGGCUUUCAGCCCUCGUUGUAAGGAGACGUGGACGGGGCUGUCAAUCAGGGCUUUCACGGGAGUAUGGCCUUAUUUCAGGCUCACGCUUGCUUCUGCUGUCAUGCUUUGCUUGGAGAUAUGGUACAGUCAAGGGUUAGUGCUAAUAUCUGGUCUUCUGUCAAACCCAACAGUCGCCUUAGACUCCAUCUCCAUUUGCAUGAACUACUUGAACUGGGAUAUGCAGUUCAUGCUGGGCCUAAGUGCAGCUGCAAGCGUCCGGGUGAGCAAUGAGCUGGGAGGAGGGCAUCCAAAGGUGGCGAGGCUGGCGGUCGGGGUGGUCAGCUUCACCACCAUCCUCAUCAGCACACUCUUCAGCGCCGUGGUGUCGAUCUGCAGAGCUGGGCUGAGCAAGAUCUUCACCACCGACUCUCAGGUCAUCGACGCAGUCUCCAAUCUCACUCCGCUGCUCGCCAUCUCUGUCUUCCUCAACGGCAUCCAGCCUAUCCUCUCCGGAGUGGCGAUUGGGAGUGGGUGGCAAGGCGUGGUGGCCUAUGUCAACUUGGCUACUUACUACAUCAUCGGCCUUCCAAUUGGAUGCGUGCUUGGCUUCAAAACCUCUUUGGGAGUUGCGGGGAUUUGGUGGGGAAUGAUCAUAGGAGUUGUGUUGCAAACAAUAACGUUGAUUAUUAUCACAGCAAGAACAAACUGGGAUGCUGAGGUCGCAAAAGCGGUUGAAAGGCUGAAGAACUCUGCCAAUGAGGAGAACCUAGACCUCGUUGAAAUUUAG